AUGAUGAUGCCUGUCAGUACCGAUGAAAGCUUGGCACAGGUUAAUCGGAGUCACAGGACGAUGAGCCGAGGACUUAUUCGCAUAAUUCAACAGUCUUCCCUACCUGACAAUCCUUUGGUUUCCGUUGAACAGGUUGUUUGUUGCCGACUAAGCCAAAUUCAAGCAGCCAUUUAUUCUAAUCUUGUUGAUAAAAAAGCGGUAGAGGUCGCCGCCAUGACUAGUGUAGCCGCCAGGGAUGGAAGAGCAGUUGUUUCUUCUCUUGCUUCGAUUACGCAACUCAAAAAGCUUUGUAACCAUCCUGAUUUGGUUUUUGACAAGAUUGUAGCUGGCACAGAUGGAUUUGAUGGUGCAUUACAAUAUUUUCCAGACAAAUAUACAGGCUGUUUGUUGUCUGGCAGAGGCUUAAAGCCCGAACUUUCA